UAAAUUAAACCGUGAUAAUAAAAUUAGAAAGGUAAACAUGUGAACUGACGAAAAGGUAAAAAGCAAGUUAAACCGAGAUUAAGAUUAAUCUACAUUGGCGAAGAUGGACAUUAAUCGUACACCCCUAGAUUCAAUCUCGUAGCACGCGGGGCUCCAAGAUUCUACGAAUACGGCACUGUUUGGAGACGUUCGUGCUGGCUCGUGCCGACCGACAGAGGCGACAGGUGACGACGACGGCGACGACGGCGACGACGACGGGACGGGUAGGUCUUCUCGCGACACUCGUCGUCUCUCGCGGUAAAGUGAAGAGAAGAGGAAAAUGCACCGCCGCGUUUCGCUCGCGCUGUGAACUCCCCCCUCGCCGCGCACAGGCCACCGCCGUCGUCGGUCGUCGUCGUGCGGGCGACGGCCCUGUCACUCACGUCGCGCGGACGCCGAGGAAGGAAGGGGUUAUGAGGCGCCAACGGCAUCGCGGACGAUAUUUUUGCAUUAUUACCGACACCAUUUCCAGCGCGGCGGAUCACCAUGGCGGAGAAGUGCAAGGUACGUUCGUGAGGAGGAUUCCCGCUGACGACGACGGGACGUCAGGUGGACUGCCAACGUGGCGACAGCUGACGCUAGACAGACGACUCGACCGGAGGUUUCCCUCUCGACUGGACAAUGGGAACGCUCUCGCGUUCAGUUCAGCUGAAUCUCGUUCCUGUGAUUUGUCCCUCGCUUUGCUCUCCCGCACAGACGUCCUCGAGCGAGAUUUGUCAAUGCGAGAGUUACGCACACGUGUGCCACGCGUGAUAAUACCGUGAAAUGCGUUUCCCGGAAAGCGCAUUCGAAGCUCCGUAUAUUCUCGGUUAUCUUUACUUUUCCUUAUGAGAGUGCCUGCUUUAUGUUUCUUUGUUCAUUUUGUUGUGUAGUUUAGUAUAUCAAUGCGCUGAGUUAAUAAAGGGAGACGAGCAGAGUUGCACAAAAUGUCAUGUACUUCUUUGUGAUGUCAAUGAAUUAAAGAAUAAUUUAUAUUAUUUUGUAUCAAUUUAUGUUGCAAUAUAGUUGAUGGUUAUAAUAAUAACAGCUUUAUAUAAUAGUAACAGCUGAGUGUAUUCAAAUGACAGUGUAAUUAAUGGAAUGCGGCUGUAAGUGUAGUGCUUGCAGCCAGGAUAGUCAGCAACAUUGUGACAUGCAUCUACAUGUAGAGAUAGAGAACUUGCGCCAACGAUUACUCGAAAGGGACAACCAUAUCGUGACGAUGGAGACGCAAUUCUUAAACGAAGCCGAUAAGUUUCCGAAUGGUGAACUUGCUUCCAUGAAGGAGGAGUUGCUAAUAUGGCAAGAAAAGUAUUCGCGUUUGCAUGAGGCACAUAAGAGAGUUCAAAAAGUCAAUCAAAAUCUGGAGGAUAAGCUGCUCCGAAUAGUGGACAAAUGCGAGACAGAGAAAGGUGCCUUCACAAAGGAUAUAGCGACUCUGUCUCACAGAUUAGCUGAUGCAAAUUAUACAAUACACCGAUUAACUCAAGAUAAUGAAAAAUAUAGAAACGAUGUUAGCCUGGCUAUUCAAUUGCUACAAUGCAAACCUUCUAACUUUGUGGGUCAAAAAUAUGAUUCGCUGCCUUCCGAGGUGCAGGCUAAAGUGCGAACAUACGUUGCGCAAAAGCGAUGUUCCACGCAGGAUGUAACGCAGCCGGAUGUGAAGAGCAUUACCGUUCCGAUAUCCACGUUUCCACCGACAGCGAUGGUGUACAAUAUCACUAAACCUACGGUGGAAAAGCAUAGCGAUGACGAUAGCGACGAUAGCAAGCCACCGAUGGAUAUCGUAUCGGCGGCAAUUAUGGCGAAGGUACUGGAGGAUCGUGAAAAGGAGAGGAUCUUCGCCAAGCACUGCGACACCUGUACAUGUCAUAGAAGCAUUCUCACAGUGGAUGCAGAAACGCAAACAUGCGUACCUGAUACGUUCCCAAUUUCCGGAGGUUAUACUUACACCGCCGAAAAACAAGCGCCUGAGAGUACACAGAAUGACGAGAAGUAUCAAAGCAAAGAUAAGCUCCAGUCGAAUCUCACAAUGCAUACGGUCCUCUACGAGAUCAAUGAAAACGGCGACAAGAUCCGCCAUCAUAUGAAUGGUGAUUAUGUUAAAUAUGCCUCGCAAGCUUCAUGCAUUAAAGAUAAGUGUUUUAACAACAGCAAUAGAAAUGGGCAAGACUAUAUAAUGGAGGAAAAUAGCGUCACUACGAGGGCCAGUUUGAACAAGAAAAACUCGUUCCAGAGUCACGAAAAUAAGCGUUCGUCAUCGUUCUCGAGAUUAAAUGAUCUUAAUAGAAUAAAUAUUGAUAAGACAUCUAAAUCUUUGAAGGUUAAUAAGUGCGAUUCUUCGAUCGACAAUAGAUCCACCGUGAAUUAUUGGAAUAAGAGUGAGAGAAAUUUUUUUGAACAUUUCAAUACCGGCUAUUCAACACAUACGGAUAAUCGGCUCUGCGACAAAGAGCAGACGCAUAUCGAUAUUAUCAAUGAUAGAUUGUGGAAAAACGAGUGGACAAAGUUCAAGUCCGAGACAUAUUCCUCGAGGGAGAACAAGUGCAAGGCGAAUCAUGAUAUCGAGCUUGAUAUUAUCAAUGAUCGCGAUUGGAAGAACGACAGAUCGGUGGAGCGGCAGGAUAUGCGGAACAACGCACAAUUCACUCUGAUUGAAGUGAAGAAUUCGGACAACAACGUGGCGAAUCACAAUGACGGCAGUCAGACGGAGGUAGCGACUAGUCCGAGCUUUAGCAGUGACAGCAUGGUCAUUUCUAGUUCCGAUCCGUCCAGCAGUUGCAGUGACGUUACGCAAUCGUUGACUGGUGGUGCCUUCAACUCGAACGCUAAGUCUUCGAGUCAGAAUCGCAUAACUGGUCCACGGAACUGUUUAGUUCGAGUCACACCGGGUUCUAAGAAUAUUCUGUUGGACAACGCUGGCCACUAUAAGACCGUUUUAUAUAGCAGCGGCAGCGAUGGUGGCAAAGUCAACACUGCUUUGGUGCAUACGAAGAAGGCAUCUCGAGCUGAUUCAGAACGUUCGACGUCAACCGCCAGCGAAGACAAUUCGCCACCAGUGUUACUGCAAGACAAUCAAUUGCAACGAGUGGCAGAAUGGGUACAGUCGUCGAUGUGUGUGGAAAAUUCCGCGCCACUUGAUAGCAAUAAGACCAAAUGUGUCGAGAACGCUGCGAAUGACAAUUCAUCCAUAUAUCCUAAUGAUUGUGAUCUUACGAAAUGCAAAUCCUCGGAGCAAAUCGGUGAUUUGACUCACAACGUUCGAAACACAGCGAAAAAGUCAUCUAAGAACGUUGAAGAUUAUAGCGAGAGGAUUAUAGAUAACGAGCUCAUCGAUAUUAAUAUUUUAUCAGAGCGCAUAGAAACAGGACAGGAUGAGAGUGAAAAUCUCAUAACAUUCGAGGAUGAGCGUCUCUUGAAAGAUACUCACAAGAAUGAUUUAGAUUAUGAGGUGAAGAUCACGAAGGAGAUGGAGGAGACGUAUUUGAAGCUAGCGGCAAGCCUGGAUCCGGUGACAUUGAGUCUAUCAAGUACCAGCAAUGCCGAAUUGACGAUCGAAAAAUACAGAAAGGAUCAUAAGAGGCUUCAUGCGCAGAGAAUCCAAGAUAAAGCGGGAUCAAAAGCUUAACAUGUAUUUCAGCGAGUUCUUCGAGGAUAAUCGACUAUAUCAAGCACAGGGAGUUCCUUUAAAGAUAUAACAGAGCGUUAUUUUUUGUAACUAUAUCGAAGUAAGGCUGUACCAAGAUGAAUAGCAUAGGGUAAAGAAGUCCUACGCGUCGCUGCAAAUAAAUCGAUUUCGUUUGUGUUUGUAAGCGAGAUCCAUAUGUUGAUUUUUCAAAGUGUGAAAUGUAGGAAAAUUUAAGAUAAAAUUAAAUGCAACACGGUAGUCUGAUCAUAACGUCAAUUAUAUAAUUAACAAUUCUAGAACUUUGGGAUAACGACACACGUUGAGUCACGCAGAAAACUGCCGUUAUUUUAAGAUAGGAUUAUGAUUUUAUAAACAUUUCCUUUCUUCGUAGCCACGAAAAUAAGGAUGUUAAAUCUCAACGUUGAUUUGUGAUUUUCUGCUCUUAUUUAUCUGUGAAAUCACCAUGUGUCUUUUUUUUCUAGCACAUUGGUUAAUAAUUAAUCAUUUUUGUAGUGUACAUAAGUAUAGUUUUGUUAGCUUUACUUAAAUUUGAGGCAUAUUUAUUUUAUUGAGCAUAAAUUUAUUCAAUCUUGUAUUAAACUUAUUAAUUUCUAAAAUUUGUAAAUAAAGUCAAAAUGUUUUUUAAUUAUUAAAGUGAUAUUAAAACGUCCGUGUUGCAAAUAAAAUUUACUAUUUGAUAUUAAACGCAAAUUAACUUCACUCAUGCGAGGAUUAUAAGGUCAGUGUAUUUAAUGAUAUUUAAUCGAUAAUUAAUUUUAUAAAGAAAAUGUAGUUAACAUAUGUAUAUACUUUUAUUCCCGAUUUCGCAAUGUAAACAUGCCCGGGAUUAAAAGCGACGGAGACGACAAUAUUAUAAUUGAUUUACGAUACUCCCUCUGCGAGAGAAUAUGUCAUUCCCGCAGACAUUAUUUUAUGAAGUCUAUGACUGACGAUGUUAAUUUUACCUCGUAAUGUAUCAAGUAUUUACAUUUAUGUCAUACCAAAGUUAGGCCAGCUGCGAUAAGGACAUUUUAAUCCUUUGCACUCUGAGUUAUUCUCGCUAUGACAAUAGCGAUCGCCGAAUUGUCUCGCGACGCAAAUAUAUGCAAGUGCUAGAAUAUUUAGAAUAUAAAUAAGCAAUUCCUAAUAUACUCAGCUUUUAUAUAACGUCGCAAUGAGAUCUUUCGCUCUAUGCUAUGAACGAUAAUAGAGUGCAGAGGAUUAAACGAUCAGUUAGUCGUUUCAGUCCAUCUAAUGAUACCAAUAAGUGUAAUUUAGUAAUUUCUUGCCGCAUUAUCGAUGCCCACGGUAAUGCGUGCGUCGCUUUAUUUAACAGAGAUUACGUUAAGUUUGCAUGGAGAUUAUUACGAGGAAUAAUCGCGUAUCUGAUUUUAUAAGAUAAUCAAGAUUCAGAGGAUUAAGAAAUUACGCAUUAAGUUUAAUUUCGACUGAUUUGUACACAGCGAAGAAGCUUGCUUUCAAGCGAUUCAACAGCUUUUGUAAUCGUAGCCUCGACGACGCUCUACAAGAAUGUUUUACGACAGUCCCGUGAAGAACAUUCGUCUGAUUUAACGUCGAUCUAUAAGCUCGUUAUUCUGCCUGCGCGUUACUUGCGAAUACGUAAUCUUGCUUCGUUACGACAUCUUGCUUCGUACAGCUAAUGACUUAGCUUCAGUUGCAUGGGCAAUCCGAGUUAACUAGCUCUGGUUAAUCUCGUUCUUCCCUUAUCAUGAUCUCAUUCGUAAUACAGAUAGAAAUUUAGUUGGAGAAGUAGAAAAUUGAACUAAAUGAAUUUCUACCCGAUUCAUUAUAUUUAUCUUCUUAUUCGAGAGAAAUGGAGGAAGGAGUCUGGUGCUACUAGAUGUGGAUGUAGAGAAUGUAGAGAAUCACCGGGAGAAUCGCCGGGACACUUCGAUUUUUUUCAUUUUUUGUGGGUUCAGAAUUGGGAGGCCCCACACGGCAAUACUAAUUCCCAGCGAUUUGCACGGAUUUAAAGGCUAUCUAUCUACAUUGCUGGAUGAGAAUUUUAACGCACCGUUCGUCGGUGCGAACGAGUUCGCGGGUUCUUCAGCAGUAUUAGUCGAACGCGCCGAUGAUCAGGAGGAGCGUGACGUCGUUUAUUUAAGAGGAUACGCAGAUACAAAGUGUGUGACAAUAUAUACCUCAUGGCUUCUCAAGUACCGUGCAAUAUUAACUUGACCCUUUUGUAAUGUAAAUUAAGGAUCGUGCGAGCCACCGAGAGAGACGUGCGUCGCUGCGCAAAAAUCCGAGGUGCAAACCUUCAGAAACAGUUAACAGUGCGUUACGCGAAGAAGAAGAAAUAGAAGAAGAUAUGUGAUACAUUUCGUACAAUCUCGUGUUUGCUUUGUCAGUCGUUCCCAACAUGCGAUAAAUUAAGAAGGUGCGCAAAUAACUAUUAAUCAAAUUAAUAGACUACGAAAUUUACUUUCGCCUCACUGUUUACAUCAGUCAUAUCAACAAGAAUCUCCAUUUUUUUUUUUUUUUUUUCAAUCAAUUAUCUUGUCUUAUCUCCUAUACGCAUCAUUAAUUCUUGAAUGUCUUUAAUAUCGUCAAUUAAAAAAAAACUCCUUUCCGUAGAGAUAUUCGAAGUGUUGAGAUAUCCGAGUGUCUUACUUUGCGAAAAAAAAAAA